AGCGCGCUUCCUCUACGGCGAGAGGCGGGGCCCGGCGUCCGCGGGAAACGCGGGCUGGCGGUUCUCGGUGCGGGGCGGCUGCGGGAAUGGCGGGCAUGGGGAGCUUGGUCCUGCGGCCCUGGAUUCGAGAGCUGGUCCUGGGGUCAGACGCUCUCUCAAGUCCGCAGCCGGGGCAGCUGCUCGAGGUGCUGCAGGAGGCCGAGGCCGAGGCCCAGGCCCCGGGCCCGCCCCGCGUCCCUGACACAUCUGACGUCGCGGCCGCGCUGCUUGUGUCUGACGGGACCCACAGCGUCCGGUGCCUAGUGACGCGGGAGGCCCUGAACGCCUCAGACUGGGAGGAGAAGGAGUUCGGCUUCCGAGGGGCAGAAGGCCGGCUGCUGCUGCUGCAGGACUGUGGGGUCCGCGUCCAAGUCGGCGAAGGCGGCGCGGCGGCGGAGUUCUACCUCCAGGUGGACCGCUUCAGCCUGCUGCCCACAGAGCAGCCCCUGGAACGGGUGAUUGGUUGCAACCAGGACCCGGAUGUGCAGAAAAAGCUAUUUGACUGCCUGGAGCUUGUCCUCUCUGUUUCUAUAGGGAGCACCUUUCAGAGUCCAUCUCCCCCAGCCCAGUUUUGGCCCAUCCUCUGGUCCCUGCCCUCAGGCCUUGCACUGUCUCAACUUCUGGAUGAGGUGCAGGAGGACCAGGAGCAUCAGGGGGCGCUGGUGCACCUGGCUGAGAGCUGUCUGAUGCUGACAGGCCCUUGCACAGCGCCCCCCCUCACCCGCUGGGCCUCCACCCGCUGUAGGGCCACGGGAGAAGCUGUGUACACUGUCCCCAGCUCCUGGCUGCACAUCUCGGAGAAUGACCAGCGAGUUCUGAGCUCUCUGGGCCCAGGCUCCAGGACCCAGGCUCCAGAGCUGCCCCCACCAGACCCAGCUUUGCAGGACCUAUCGCUGACUAUCGUCUCUCCUUCCUCACCUACUUCCUCAGGAACCCCAGCUUUACCCAGCCACGUGUCCUCAGAGGAAAACGGUGCCAGCAUCAGCCUUCUGCCUGCCCUGUCCUUGGCAGCUUCAGACCUAGUGCAGAAGGGCAGCUCCCAGGCUGUACCAGCCAUCUGUUCAGCCCAUGGCCCCCUGCCCCCUGGCUCCCCACACUCUAACCCUGUACCCAGUUCCCCACUCCUGAGCUGCACCCCAAGUCUUUCUCCCCUUGGCCAUGUACCCAGCCCACAUCAGGCCAUUGUGACCAAGGCCCAGAAACCCAGCCUGGAGUUCAAGGAGCUAGGGUUGCCCCUCAAGAACUGGCAUCAGUCUCCAAGGACAAAAAACGCCACAGGAGCCCUGGAAUCCAGUCCCGUUUGGGACCCUCCAAAGAGGCAUCGUGAUGGUUCCGCCUUCCAGUAUGAGUACGAGCCACCCUGCACCUCCCUGUGUGCCCAGGUCCAAGCUGUCAGGCUUCCUCCCCAGCUCGUGGCCUGGGCCUUGCACUUUCUGAUGGAGCCACAGCCAGAGUCUGAGCUAACCCAGGUGUGAGGGAUCACGUGGGCAUGUGGGCGGAUGUAUGCACACAGAUCCACGGCUGGAGAUCGACAAACAGUGUUCCACACUCUGCUCCUUUGAGUUUUUUAAUAAAAUAAUCUCAUGCGGCAGGAAAA